AUGGAACAGAAGUCGUAUAUCAAGAAGAAGCUCCGGUCAAAACGACCUCGUUUACUUCGAUCAAAGAUCUCUCCGGUUCUUUUCAACACCGAUACCAAAGGCAUCUCAGUGCUCUCCGGUGAUUCCAGCUCAUGCACUUAUUUCGGUGGCGACGAAGUUUCUUCAAGCUCGAGGAAGAGACAACUCGCUGAAGUUAACGGAGAGACGAAGAAGAUUGAAAAUGACGCGCCGUUGCGGAGAAUCACGAGGUCUUCCAAUGAGCAACAGAAGGAAAACGAGUGGAAAGGAAAUGAGGUUGAGGCGAGUGAGUCGUCUUGUGUUUUCUCCAACUCCGGAGCUGUUUUUGCAGAGAUCAGUUCUAAUGACGUCGUUUCAGUUGCUUCCGCUGUUGAAAAUGAUAACAGAGCAUCACUAAGGCAUGAACUCUCUGAUAAUUUGAAAAAUGAUGCUGCUGAUUCGUGUUUCACGAUUUCAAACUCGGAUUCUGUUGUGGAGCAAAGGCCGGGCGGCUCCAAAUCCGAUUCGGAUCUCGCGUGUACGGAGGAGCUGUCACACGACGACGUAUGUGAGUACUCUUCAAGUCACGAUACUGUAUUUUCUGAGCUGCAAUUCGAUUUUUUCCCGGAGAAUUCGGACCUCGAUUUGUCGGAUUACACUCAGUCUAUUUUCAGUUUUGAUUCUGAAAGCCAAACCUCUGAGCUAUCUGUUGACGAUACUAGCCCUCCGUCACUUACUUACUCUCUGUUCCUGGAGUUCAGUAAGCAAUUCUCAAGAUCGACUGUUCCUCUAGAUUCCAGAAAGUGUUCUAUCGUUCAAGAAAAGCGUCUAUAUCAGUCUGCAUUGGUGAGAUUCGUAAAUGAGGAGGACGAAGAGAGCUAUCAGAGGAUCCGUGAAAGAGAGAGGAGACAAGUGUUUUUGUAUGACUACCCCGAUGAAUACCUUUCAACCACAGAAUACGGCGAUCUAAUCGUCCAACAACGGUCUCAAAUGGUCCACUGGAUCGUCGAGCAAUGCAGUGCCAAGGAGUUUCAGCAGGAAACAAUGUUUCUUGGAGUUAACCUUUUAGAUCGGUUUUUAAGCAGGGGUUUCUUCCAAGCCAAAAGGAACCUUCAAAUUGUUGGAAUAGCCUGUCUUGUACUGGCCACCAGACUUGAAGAAAAUCAGCCCUACAAUAGUGUGCGACAAAAUACUUUCAGCGUAGAGAGCAACAUUUACAGCAGAAAUGAAGUGGUCGCCAUGGAAUGGCUGGUGCAGGAGGUCCUCAACUUUCAGUGUUUCUUGCCUACCAUUUACAACUUUCUGUGGUUCUACCUGAAAGCUGCCGGAGCUGAUGCAGCGCUGGAGAAGAUGGCCAAGUACCUGGCAGUUCUAGCUCUAUCAGACCAUGAGCAGCUGUCCUAUUGGCCAUCAACAGUUGCAGCUGGACUUGUUAUCCUGGCUUCUCUAGAAAGCAGGGGAGAGUCAUCCUACCAAAAAGUCAUCGAGAUUCAUGUCAGAACAAAAGAUAGUGAUUUACCUGAUUGCAUAAAGAGCUUGGAGUGGUUGUUACAGUAUGUAAGCUAG